AUGCAGUUGGAGUAUGAUUCUCCCAAUUUGGUGCAAAGGUUCCUUUUGGUACUCUUCUACUACCAAACCACCAGGCAUCAACCAUGGAAAGAGUGCAACCAACCAGCAGGAAUUCCUCAAGGGAGUGCAAUGUCUGGUUUCUGUUAUGCAAUUAAUCAGUUCUCUGGUGAGAUCACAACCAACAUAUGGGGGGAUCGGUGGCUCUCUGCAAGUCAUGAAUGCCAGUGGGCGGGAAUCACUUGUGGAACAUCCAAAUCCGAGGAAAAGAGAAUCGUCAGGCUAAUACUAUCAAAAAACCAGCUCAAUGGUCCUCUUCCAUGGGAAAUUUUGUAUUUGGCACAACUGAAGCGAUUAGAACUGGGUGGCAACAUGCUGACAGGAAUGCUUUCCCCAGGUUUGCUUUUGGGUGAAUAUGCCUUGGCAUUGGAACUUCUUAGCUUGACUGGAAACAGAUUAUCUGGAACAAUCCCUGGGGAAUGGUUUGUGAAUCUUCACAAAGGAAGUGGUAAACUCGAGCAACUGCGGAUAUCAAGAAACAGGUUGACCGGGACAAUUCCAUCAGAAGUGGGUUUGCUUUCUUUGAAGUGGUUACAACUAGGAGGAAAUGCUUUGACUGGGUCACUGCCAAUGGACUUAUUCUACCAGAAAUCAUUCGAGUUACUCUAUUUUGAAGACAAUCAGAUCACAGGUACCAUGCCCACCGAAGUUGGCCUACUUGCAAACUUGCGCGAGCUCUAUUUUUGUGGCAAUAGCAUUUCGGGGUCCUUGCCCUCGGACAUUGGACUUGCAAGCCAGCUUAGUCAAAUUAUGCUCUUCAACACCAAUAUGCAAGGAACGCUCCCCGAAGAGCUCUACACUGGACUUACAGACCUUAUUGCUUUGUCCCUGAAUGAUUGCAACUUCUCUGGGACAAUCAGUUCAUCACUUGGGCUUUUGACAAAUCUUGCGUGGCUGAACCUGGCAAACAACCACUUCCUUGGCACCAUUCCGAAUGAAAUCGAGACAUUGACCGGCCUGAGUCAACUUCUGGUGAAUGGGAAUAAGCUGUCUGGAACUGUUCCGUUAUCUGUCUGCCAAAACUUUGCAUCGGAAAUCUUGUUGGUGGCAGAUUGCUUACCCAAUACAGAAACUGAAAUUCCUGUGAUACAAUGUGCCUUUGGCUGCUGCACCAGUUGUUGCGAUGAGACAGGGGUUUGCCUCGCCAACUGA